AAGACACACUGUCUAGCCAGGAUGCCACCGGGGAGAAAGGCUCGCUCCUCUUCAGCUUCAGGGAGAUUAGAAACCCAACACGUGACCAGCAUCCUCUCUGAACUGGGGGGUCCAGUAUCUGGGCCGGGUAAAGUCACGGAUGACUUCUCGGCACCGAGACGAGCGGGUGUCAGCGAGGACCGAGAGGAGCAGCCUGAAUGGCUGGUUCGAGAGCUGCUGAGACAGAACAGGAGAAGACACUCUGUCACACUCGGGGACCAGGCUCAAAUCACCAAGCGACAACACCACCGUAUCGAUUCAGCUCGCAGCCUUCAGAUUGAUGAGACGAUAACGCUUGACGACCUCCAGAAACUGAAACUAGCGUUUGAGGAAUUUGAAACGGGUGGCUUGAGAUCCACUGAUGCGAAGACUUUUGGACGUAUAGUGAAGAAGUGUUUGGCUCUGCCUCAGACAAGCAAUGCCCAGAUUCAAGGGUUAUUUAAGAAGAUUGAUUACUCAGACCGAGGAAGGAUUUCAUGGGGGGACUUCUGCACACACCUGCUGCAGGAAUACAACGAGAGGCAGGAAACUGUGAGACGCAGUAAGCAGGUGGCUUUCAUUCUGCCGGCCACUAUGAAGACGUUAACUCACGGCAUUCCCAUCGUCAACAUCCACUCCACCCAUGACGGCACCACCGUCACUGUGCGGGAAGACGGGGUUGUUUGCCGAUGGAGCCCUGAACUUAAACCACUGAAGACCAAAGCCAUGUUUAAUGAGGGUCCUGCAAACAGGAAGUCAAAGUGGGCGAGUGAUUUUACUCUGAUGACAGAGUACAACAAGCUGAUGAUCGCGACGGGGGACAGAGAGAUCCAGCUGUACGAGCUCUCCACUCUGGAUCCUUAUUGUCAGAUCAGUGCACUGGACACGGUGCCUUUGACAUUAGACUACGGCUACACUGGCCCUGAUAAAUGCUGCAUUCUGUAUGGAGACACUGAGGGAUGUGUGACUAUCAUUUUAAUAUCCUCUGUCGGAGAUACCCUCAGAUUGUGGAAUAAAUUACCAAAGAUUGAAGACAUACCCAACAUAGCAGUUGACAAUGCAGUGCUCUCUCCCAAUGUGACGUUUGUCAGAUGGAAGGUUCAUCAGGACUGGGUGACACAGGCGAAAUAUUUUCAGAGUUUUCAAGCUGUCGUCUCCUCAUCAAACGAAGAAUCUUCGUCUCUUGUUAUCGGUUGUGUGCUGCCUCUGACGGACGCCGAGCAGCAGCUGAGUGAGAUCAGAGAGGCCUGCUACGAAGGUAAGACCAAGAAGGUCCAACUGAGCUGGACUCCACAGCUCCGGGCGUCAUUUGACCAGACAGUUUUCAGCAUCCACAAAGGUGUCAAGACGUUUGACCUCAGUCGUGAGCACAGCCUGCUGGUCACUGGAGGCAUGGACAGACUCAUACGCAUGUGGAACCCACAUUUCUCUGGGAAACCAACUGGGGUUUUGAAAGGCCACUGUGCUCCCAUCGUCUACCUCUGCAUCGCCACCGAGGACAGUCAGAUCUUCUCAGUCUCCACAGACGGCACUGCGAAAAUCUGGCACAUUCAAGAUCAGUGUUGCCUGUUUACAGCAGAGCCCAAAGCAAGCGGGAUUCAUGGUGACAUGUGUGCGUGCUCGUACUCCUCUGCGAUGAAGUCCCUGUACGUCGCGGCAGACUCUAUGGCUGCGCUCUCCCUGAAGAUAAGGCCACGGCUUCACAGCCGCCUGACUGUUUCACAUAAUGAGCCUGUAAUGUGCUGCGGCUACAGCGAGGAGUUUCGUCAAGUUGUCAGCUGCACCGAUGGAUCCGUGGUGAAAGUCUGGGAUUUUGACUCAGGGCGACAGGUUUUUGAGUUUGGUGGCGCACCUGACUCAUCGGUCAUCACCUGCAUGACCUUUGACCACAAAGGCAGGAGACUCAUCACAGGUGGGAACGAUGGUUGUUUAAAGAUCUGGAACUUCAAUAAUGGUCAGUGUCUAAAGACACUUAAGAGGGACGGCGAGCGUCACGAGGUUUGUGAUUGCAUCUUCCUGAAAGUUCACAAGAAUUUCUUUGCGAUCUCUGUCGGCCGGGACCGGAAGAUUGACAUUUACUCAGACAGACCUGACGACCUCCAUCAUGUCCAGAGGCCGCAGCCUUCGUGGCAGGAUGAUCUGAAAAAUGGCCAUAAGGACGACAUCCUUUGUGCGGCGCAGUGUCCCCCAUCUCUCCUCGCCACCAGCAGCUAUGAUGGAGAGAUAAUAGUGUGGAACACGGUUUCUGGACGUAUACAGUGUCGGUUUGUUGGCCCACUUCUAGCUGAGCAGCAAAAUGUUGAAGGACUAGACGUGAGUGUUCCCUGCAUCAUUUUCCUGAAGAGCUCCAAGUUACGGCAGUUUUCCUCGGCUACAGCCCUCCUGUCAUCCGGGGUCAUGGGUUGUGUAAAUCUCUGGAGUUUGCUUGGAGGAAAGUUUGUGGGCAGCUUCAAAGCGUCUAGAUUCCAGCAAAAGAUUACAAAACUGGCUAAAACAGACAAGACGACAUUGCUGUAUGCUGCAGACCGAAUUGGUUACAUCUACGUUUACAACAUGGAAACGUUUUCCCCUGAGAUGAAAUCACCUCAAGCUGAAAACUUCUGGCGUGCCCAUACCAGCAAGAUCACUGGCCUGCAGAUUGUUGACAAUGAUCAAGUGGUACUUACUUCAUCUACGGACUGCACCGUGCGCCUUUGGAGUGCACAUGGAGAAUUCAUUGGGACCUUUGGACAGUCUGAGAGCUGGAGUGUCCACAUCUCCUCCUCCUGGAAACAUCCUGCGGUCCCCUAUGAAGUCCUGAUUGAUCCUCUGAGCAUGCCCGAUCAGGAAGUUCUGAAUUCAAAAACACAAUUUUCAGAAGCCAUCAAUCCUGACAAGACUGUAGCAGACAGAGGGGAACCAAAGUCAGAGACACACAGUCGGCUGAGACUUCCUCCAACACCCGGUGACACUGACACUGAGGAAGAUUAAAAAGCCCAUUUUACCCGGAGGAACGCAAGAGUUGGUUUGGAUUCUGUGGAGCCACCGAGCAGCAGUGGAAGACCUGACCUCUCCCUCCCUCUCUUGUAUUGAUCCCUUCAUAAGCAGCACUGAAGAGCUGGAGUCAACCAAAAAAGAUGAAACUGUAUUGAUCACAAUUGGGAAACUGGGUCACUGCGACAGCAAAUGCUUUAGAGAGACAGAGCGAGGAAAAAUUAGAAUAGAAUAGAAUAGAAUAUUAGUGAGAAUUAGGGCUGUAUGCAUGUAUGUUUCAAUGAAAUAGAUGAAUGAAAGUGCUGAAACAGAGAAAGCUCCCCCUGAAAAGCUCACAGGAUCUACAGCCAUUAAAAAAAGGAACUGAGCUCCGGCUUUCCAGAGUGCUGCUGUGCAAAAUGACUCUUUUUUGCAUUUUGAAGCACACACAAGUAAAGAGGCAGCAGUGAUUUCUUUGACAUAAGAGGACACUGCAGAACUUAAGACUUGAUACUACCAAUUUGUUUAGUAAAGCACUAUAAACAGGUUGAUCUUACAUCAUUACAACCUGGCAACAUUUUGAAACCACACACAUUAAUAUUUCUGUGGAGUCUUCAAGCUCAAUGUUUUGGUUCAGUCUCACCGCUCUCAUAGCCUCACAGCUGUUUUCAGUGGCAAAGCUCUAAAAACCUACUGCAGACUAUCUGCUCAGUGCCAAACAACAGACAGACAACAUAAGUGACCAGCUGGUGAACAUGGUCGAACAUUUAGUGGCUAAGAAGGCAAAUAAGGAAAGUGAAUAUGAGAGUCACGGUCACAGGUGUGUGGAGGCUGAAUGUUCUCCCUCUGGUUUUAGUAAUAUUCAUACUCAAUUGAGCUGGAGUUGUUUACCCCCAGGCUCCGUGUGAUAUCUGCCCGCUGCUCAACUGUAUCAACUGUAUGUAACAAAUAAAGACUCCUCUCCUCUCCGAGUGUGAUGUUGCUGAGCCAGCUGUCCAGACCAGAUGCUGACAGAGAGAGAAUAAGAAGAAAGAGCGAUGACUGCGCGUUUAUCUCCAAGAUAUGAUGAAUUAUCCCUGUAUACAUGUAUUGUUCUAUAUGUCAAACUUAUACUUAUAAAUGAAUCAUGCUGAACCGCACAAUGUCA